AUGAAUAAAAAUCCUGAAGAUAUUGACUCUAUUCAAAAGUCAGAUUUUGUUGUAAUUAACGGCCGUCUAUUACAAGUGAUUGAAGUAACAUAUUCUAAGCCAGGAAAAAUUGGUCGUCCAAAGGUUUAUGUGAUUGGCAUUGAUAUAUCUACAGGUCGUCGCUAUGAAGAUGUUUGUCCAACGAAAGAUGUGAUUAAAGUACCAAACGUUAGUAAAAAGGCUUAUCUUCUGGUAGAUAUCGAUAAAGAUGGCUAUGUUACGCUGCUCAAUGAAGAUACAUGUAAUACACGUAGUGAUAUAAAAUUACAUAAAGAUUCGGAUAUAGCGCAACCUAAAAUAAGUGUCGAUAUUCAAAAAGAACAUUGUCUUCAUGUAACACCACAUAUUAUUCUAAUGGAUGGAAAUGAUAUUUGGCAUCCACGUCGUGCUGGGGUUGCUUCCCAUUUUUAG